AUGACGAGCCCUGUCCCCUGCCCGUGUCACCCUCCGCAGCCGCAGCCCGAGCAGCGGAGCCAGCGAUCGCGGAUCGAGACGCUCUUGCUGCUCCCCGGCGAGAUGGGAGAACCCUUGGGCCGCUGGAGCAGCAGCCUGUCACGGGGUGAAUAUGACGACAGGACCCCGCUCCAGCAUUCCAACAGCUUCGUCCGCCUCACCGGGAAAAGCAUCUACAACCAGCGCAAGGACUACGGGCAGACCCUGCUCAAGCCCCAGAACGAUUUCCAGCACCACGUUGAGCACCUGGUGACGAUGCGCCUGGAGCGGGGCCUCCGCAGCGCCGAGGACUGCCUGAGCCGCCUGCGGGACCUGGAGCAGCAGGGCCGGCUCUGGGGGCAGGAUGUCAUCCUGGCAGUCAAGGACCAGGAGCUGGUGCUGAGCGACAUGGAGAGCAAGGAGGAGCUGGAGGCUUUCCCGCUGGGAAGCGUGCAGGGAUGCUCUGCCGGGCUGGACAACACCGUGCUGGCGGUCACUGUCCAGGAGAGGAACCCGCCGGGGACCAGCGUGCUGCUCUUCCAGUGCCAGCGGCUGGGGGCAGAGACGCUGAGCAGCAGCCUGGAGAAGGUGCUGAGGCAGAGGAAGGAGGAGCAGAGCAGUCACUACGGGCACAGGUAUGGAGGCCCGGACACGCCGCCGAGCCCGGUGCCCCCGUACGCGGCCCCGGAGAGCCGGGCAGAGCCCCUCGAGCCCCCCCAGCGUGGGCCGCGCUCCUCCGACCACCGCGGGUCUCGGGCGGGACCGCACCGUGCCUCAGUUUCCCCAGGAGCAGGGGGCGGUGCUGGGGACCCUGAGGUGUCACCAGACGCGCCGGACCCCCCGCGGGUGCCACGGGCCCAGCCCCCGGCCCAGGCUGUGUCCCAGGUGGAGCGAGAUGUUGAGGUUCUCAACCACGUCCUGGACGACCUGGACCUCUUCGUACGCCGGCUGAAGACGGCCCUGGGCUCGGCCAGCACGAAGAAGAAGCAAAAGAAGAAGCCGGCACUGCCCCCGAAGGACGCGUACACGGAUUUCUUCCAGAAGGUGAAAUACGCCCUCAACCUCGUGGGCCGGACCCACCCGAACGUGACGGAGCCCGACCCCCGCGAGCUGCUGCACCUCAUCUUCUCGGCUCUGUCCUUCGUCCUGGCCCACUGCCCCAGCCCCGGCCUGGCCCCUGCCGUGGAGAGUCCGCUGCUGCUGCCGGAGGCGCUGCAAUUCCUCGAGGAGAACCUGGGCGAUGACGACUACGGCGUCUGGAAGAGCCUCGGCACUGCCUGGAGCAAGUCCAGGGCCGAGUACCCCAACAGUGCCCAGGUGCCCGCGUACACCCCGGUUUUUUCUGACGGGUGGCUGCCCCCCGUGAUGGAGCAGGAGCGCCACGGGGGCCUCCAGGACACCCCGCCGCCUGCCUCAGUUUCCCCAGCUCACUUGCGACGCCCUUCCCACUCCCUGUCCCCGGCGCAGUCACCGGCCACCGGCUGGAGGGACAAUCCCAGCCAAGUAUCCCCCCUCCCUGCCCAGGGGCUGGUCCGGGCUCUGUACGACUUCCAGGCUAGGAAUUCGCAGGAGCUGAGCGUCAGGAAGGGGGACACGCUGCAGGUCUUGGACCAGCAGAGGAAGUGGUGGCUGGUGCAGGACGAGUGGGGGGACAGGGGGCACGUCCCGGGCAACAUCCUGGAGCCCCUCCCGGAGCCGGGGCACGGCGCCAGAGAGGACAGUCCCCCCACCCUGCAACCCAACUCCUCGCCGGCAGAGGUGACAGCCUGGCUGAUGGACAAGGGCUUCUCGCGGAUCACGGUGCGGACUCUGGGGGUGCUGCGGGGGCACGAGCUGCUGCAGAUGAGCCCGGCCGAGCUGCGAGGGGUCUGUCCCGAGGAGUGGCGGAGGGUGCUCUUCAAGCUGUCCCCCAUCAGGACAUCCCUGGAGGUCGGUCCCAGGGACUGAGCCACCGAGGCCACGCUGAUGUCCCCAGCGUGUCCCCGCCCCGGGUGGAGCACCCUGGGCACGGCUGGACUCGGGGGCGAACCCACCCCCAACAUCCCGCCUGGCCCCCACCCCUUGAAAUCAGAGAAUCCCCCAAAGGCAGCGGUGACACAGGGCUCGGGGACGUGCCCCCCGCCCAGGAGGGCUCCUGGGGA